AUGUCUCUCGUUAAGAUAUACAGUGGUUUAACUACUAUUCAAUCGGCUUCAGCAGUCGUGUUUUCUACCUUUGUCGCAAUUCACGGUGCUCAAGUUGCCGUUGCCACCAUUGGUGGUCCUGACAUGUCGAAUCGUUGGCUACUACUCGGUCGUCCAUUUUACCAAGACCAGCAUUUGGAAGGCAUACUUGUAUCUGGUGCAGCGGUUGUUCACGUUUUAGCUGGCGUGGCAAAAGCUGGUAUACGCGGCUAUUGGGGUCAAAAGAACAACAACAACAACACGACGACACUACUUCCCUACCAUCAUAUGGUUGGCUAUGCACUCGUGCCAGUGAUAUGGCUUCAUUAUGAUCUUGUGCGUACACUCCCUGUGCGUUAUUUUGGUGAUUCAGCCAUGUUGGACUUUGGCCACAUUGCGUGGGGUUUGCAGAAUUGGCCCUUAUUCACGUAUACAUUGCAUGGAACCCUUAUUGGCACAGCAGCAUACCACAUUGUCAGCGGCGCUUCACUAGCAUAUCAACGUACCUUUAAACGACGACGAUCCGAAAAAGCAUCAUCAUCAUCGUCCUCGAUCUAUCGUCCACAUAAAAAGAUGGCUACAGCUGCCACAAUCGGUCUCGUCUUGCUAUCAGGUCUCUUCAUUAUCGGUCGUCAAACCAAAAAGAUUCCCUUACGUUUUGAAUACGAAGCCAUUUACAAAAUGCUGCUUCCUAAUUAA